AUGUGGUCUUCAGCUUUUAUAGCACAAUUGCUACUGGCAAGCUCAGUGCUUGCACAGUCUGCCGAUGUAAGGGCCGACUAUGAACAAGGAAACCAGGCUAUCCUUGAGACUAACAACAACGCUGCACAGAGACAACCACGAGCAGCCAAUGGCGGCAAGAAGAAUAUCGUCUUUAUUCUCACCGACGACCAAGACGCUGUAUUGGAUUCUGUAUCAUACAUGCCGAAACUCAAAGAACAUAUCGUCGACAAGGGUACCUCGUUCGUCAACCACUUCACCACGACGGCUAUUUGCUGUCCAGCCCGUGUUGCCUUAUGGACUGGUAGACAACCUCACAACACGAAUGUAACAGAUGUUAGUCCACCAUAUGGCGGCUAUCCCAAAUUUGUGUCUCAAGGGUUCAACAGCAACUACCUUCCAGUAUGGCUACAACAGGGAGGUUAUAAAACAUACUAUACUGGAAAACUAUUUAAUUCUCAUACUAUUAACAACUACAAUGCACCUUAUCCUGCAGGGUGGACGGGAACGAACUUCCUGCUUGACCCGGGUACGUACGAUUACCUGAACCCGAUCUAUCAGCAGAACCAAGAAGCGCCAGUCCACCACAAAGGAGAGCACACUUCAGACUUGAUCUCCAAGUAUGCGCAUGAUCUUCUGGAAGAAGCAAUUGACUCUAAGAAUCCUUUCUUUGUUGCCAUUGCUCCUAUUGCACCACACUCAAACAUCAACGUUGAUCGGGCGCCUGGAAGUCCCAUGACAAUCCCAAUUCCCACUGAGAGACACUCGCACCUAUUUGAAGGGGCAAAAGUUCCUCGAACAGACAACUUCAACCCAGAUUCUCCUAGUGGUGUGAGCUGGAUUCGCAAACUAUCACAACUCAACGAAUCGUCUGUGGCUUACAUCGACAAAUACUACCGCGCUCGUCUCCAAGCUCUCCAAAGUGUCGACGAAAUCGUGGAGCAGGUGGUCAAGCAGCUUGAAGAUGCAAAGCUACUUGACGAAACUUAUAUCAUCUACAGCUCUGACAACGGAUUCCAUCUGGGUCAGCACCGACUGCCUCCUGGUAAGGAGUGCGGCUUUGACGAGGAUAUCCGUGUGCCUCUCUUUAUCAGAGGCCCAGGCGUAUCCGCCAAAUCUGUAGAGAAGGCCGUGACAACACAUAUCGACCUCGCGCCCACGUUGCUCAAACUCGCGGGCGUGAAGCUCAGGAAGGAUUUCGAUGGUACUCCUAUUCCUGUGCUGCCCGACCAAGAGAGCAAACGUCAUGAGCAUGUUGCUGUUGAAUACUGGGGUACUGCUAUCGCUGAGGGUGAAGUCGGCGGCUUUGAUGGAAAGGGCCAGAUUAAUAUGCCUAAUAACACGUACAAGGGCGUAAGGAUAGUGCAUGAGGAUUACGAUCUUUACUACUCCGCUUGGUGUAACAACGAGCACGAGCUCUACAAUAUCAAGACGGACCCAGGGCAGCUGAAUAAUCUCUUCACUCGUGAUGGCGAAGCCACUGUCAGCCAAGCACUCCUAGGAACUACCACGCGACAGGUCCUCAACCGCUUGGAUGCCGUAAUGCUUGUGUUGAAGUCCUGCAAAGGCGAUACGUGUAUCAGGCCCUGGAAGAUUCUUCAUCCCCAUGGUGACGUGACAAGCCUCAAGGACGCGCUUCGGAAAAAGUUCGAUGGCUUCUAUGAGGAGCAGGUGAAGGUUCGGUUCGAUCGUUGCGAGGCUGGAUAUCUGAUUGAAGCUGAAGGGCCACAAGUUGGGUAUGAAUAUCGUAAAGGCCUGGAGUGGCAUCACUGGACAUGA